GAUUCAUAUAAGGUACCGCACGUGUAUACGUUUAUGAAUGAACGGAUCGAAUGUACGAAAAAGUUGUGCGAUAUGUUUGGGGUGAUUUUGUGAAAAUUAUUCAGAUUAUUCCUUAAAAAUGGUGAAAACAAGGGCGCAGAGAGAACUGGGAGUUACAACACCAAGUCCUAGAACGUCGGAAAUUGUGAAAACACGUAAGAGAAUAGGCCAAAAGAGCAAUGACGGCACACGGCUUACGCAGAUGUCAAGGAAUGGGACUGAGGCGAAAUCUGAACGAAAAAUUGUGAGGAGCAAGGCAUCUACGAAAAGGCUUUCGACUCGGCUGGCAAUUAAGCAAGUCGACAAGGAAGAAGAAGAUGAGGAUGACUUUGGUGGUUGUCAUAGUAACCUAAACUCUGGCGAGGAUGAUGCGAUCCAUCAGAAGUCCGAUUCAACAGAGAGAGAUGGUGAACAAGCAAGAGGAGAACAGGAAGAUGAGGACUCGGAUGAGGAUGAACUGAUAGAAGAACAGGAGGACGAGACAAUGGAAGAUUCAGACAAGGAAACAGGAAAGGAUGAGGGAGAAGAGGAGGAUGAUAGCGAAAGUGAGAGCGAUGCAACGGACAGUGAUGAUGCAAGCUCACCCAAGCCACAUGCAGAUAAAAGAAUGAUGACCUCCCAAAGCAAGGAGUCAAAUACAGAGGUUGAUGACGAUGGUGAUGACGACGAUGAUGAUGACGAUGUUGAUGACGAUGAUGACGAUGAUGAUGACGACGAUGACGCACCCCAAGAUGUAUCUUUUUCAACGAGCAGACAAGAAGCGUUGGACUCCAUCUCACAAGCUCUACAGCAAACAAAAAAGUUGGAGGAGAGAGCCAAGGAAAAAAGAAGGAAUCGGGAUAAAUUUUUGAAGCUACAGAAAGAGAGGAAGAAGAUAUCUCUCGGACAAUCAAGAUUACCUGAAGACUUUUUAUCGGAAGUUGCAAGGAUACCAGACAGCCAACCCCCUCUGCCCUCGGUCACCACUCAGGCCCAACAAACUCCCAAAAGGGAUUCGCAUCACAAGGUCUUUGAUUCGGAUGGCGAAAUGGACUUCGAUGAGGGCGAAGACUUCCUUCCUCUAUCUGCCGAUGAGCCGAAGAUGGUCGAAGGUUUCGAGGUCCAUGCAAUAUCUCGACAGAAAAGGGCGCCCCCACCUAAAUCGGACAUGGCCUUGGAUUUCUUGCAGCAGCAGAUGUACGGGGGUCAAAUUAAACGAGAAUCAGCACUCAAGCAUAAAGCAAAGUUGUUAAAACGCCAGGGUAAACCCAGCCAUGCUUUUCACAACCCAAAAGAAAAGAGGAGAAAAAACAGGAAAAAGAGAAGCAUCAGAGCAGGUGAAACAAGCCAGUGAACUUUCAGUAAACUUGGGACAUUUGAGGAUACCAUGAGUGUAAACUGAAGAGGCUACACUGAAUGAAUAAAACUGGAAAUGAAUGAAUACUUCUUCUUUUCAUCGCCAGCAUGCAUCAUUUGUUUUGAUUGAGCCGAAUGUUCAUUGCCACGAGUGACUUGAUGCCCUUCUAAGUCUCGUUUGACAUUGAUCAUGGAGAAGUCGAAGAGAAAGGACGAUUGGAAAACGGUUUAACGCAUGAUCAGUUGACAUGUCUAAUUCAAGGAGUAAUAUGAAGUAGCCAGCCAGUUCCACUUGUAAGCCGCUGAAGGCUCGGCCAUGUCAUUCCGUGCAAGCCUUGACUUGCGGGUGAUAAUUUUUCCUGCAAGUCGCCUGCAUUGACGGUAUCUUGCACGCUGUUGCCCGCGGAAGUGCGCACACCAAUCUGAUUUGCACACAGAAAGGUUUUGAACUGCUCAAAACUUUGUUGGAAGUGAUUGCCUGCAACUCACCCGCAAGGUUUGCACGGAACGAUGUUUAACCCUUUGAACCCGAAAAGCCAGAAUACCGGCUUCAAGUCAUGUGAUUAGAAAAACAAGGGUUUUAGACAUCAGUUGACCUGUAAAAAUGAUGUAAUUUUAGAAAUAUUCAGUCGAUAACUUCAGUUUAUAAUUUUGCCGACGAUUGGCUUUCAUUUGUAAGGUUUUAGCAUAAAAAAUGACUACCCUACCAAGGAGGCUCAUGUGAUAAUACACAGUGAGUUGUAUUUGGACUAUGCGUAAGCUAUUGUUGAAUAUUACUUUGUCAAAGCAGUGAUUUUGAGGCAAAAUUUGAGAUUAUCGUCAGUGCAGGAAGCUAAACAACAUCGGCCAGGUCAGGCAGGGUACAAGCUAAGUAAAGUGCCGCUGACAUAGUUUGGCUCGAAUCAUAAGAAUAGAAGAUCAUUUAUUUCAAAUGUCAUGUAUUCCUUCAUUUUGCCAAUAAUCUUUAUAUUUGCAAAUAAUUCAGGGUGAGGGUCACGAUCGUCCCAAUUAAUUCAGGGUUCAAAGGGUUAAGGAUAAACAAGUCGUGGUUCCUGUAUCACAAAGCUUAUUAACUAAUUUUAGAAUUGAUUUUCUUGAUUUACAUUUCAUCUCUUUCAUUCUUUUGUUUUUAUUAUGUGGUUUGCCCUUACUAUUCUAUUUUAAUUAUUUCAGGGUUUUUAUUUUCUUUAAUAGUGCAUAGGGACUUUACUCACACUUUUUUAUGUGCUAUAAAAUAAAUUUUAUAGCUAUUAUCGAUCGAUCAUGAAAAUGUGUUCUAUGAAUUGCUAAACUUUGAUGCCCUGGGCUUCUUAACAAAAAAGUUUGCAAUCAAUUCCUUAAUGGGCGAUGAUGGUCAACUCAAAUCAUUGUAAUGCGUAUUUUGUUCAAAGCACUGACCGGGGAGUGAGGGGGGGGGGCAUUUCAGGAAAGUUGUCAGCUCUGACUAAAUUGCCAGUGUUGACAAGUUUUCAGUGAAAUCUUGGGCCCAUUUCAUAAAGGACUUAGAACUGUUUUAACUUUGCCAUUAUGGCAGCUACCAUGGUAACAGGGCUCAGCAGUUACAAUAAUGGCAAGGGUACCAUAGUUUUAACCCUUUAUGAAACAGGCCCCAGGUAUUGAUUGGCCGAGAAGAAAUGACUUCUGACUGUUACUAUGGCAACUCUGGGAGGAAGACAACUUGUCAGUGCUGACCACGUUCACGAAACGAUCCCUACGAACAAAUCAGAAUGGUGGCUUCAGUUAUGAAAUCUGUUGCACACCUUUAUGAGGCUCUGUUCACAUUGGGAAAUGUUGAUUGUGCUGCUCCUAUGAUUUUAUGUUUGUCUUAAAGGGGAACUACAUCACCCUGACAAUAAGUUCUCCUUUAAAUGUGGUGUGAUAUGAAUUUACAAAUAAAAUGAAUUUGCUCAAAAAUUGAACGUAA